GCGGAGGCGGCCUGCUCCAGCAGCCCGGGGCGGGCGGUGCAGGGGCGGGGCGCGCCAGGUCCGCCCUCCGGGCCUCGCCUCCAGGUCAGCGCCAGGCCCUGGGCGCGUUGUUGGUUUCGGGUUGUCAGGCAGCAGUGGCAGCCGCAGCAGCCAAAGGACAGCAGCCACCCAAGGAGACCGCGGUGGAAGUGGGCCUGGCUAUGCUUGAGCCCCUCUGCCCGCUGCAAGCAUGAAGGACAGCGGGGAUUCCAAGGACCAGCAACUCAUGGGGUCUGAUCUUCCCUCCCAGGUGGCACUCAGGGUCCGGCCCAUCAGUGUGGCAGAGCUGGAGGAAGGAGCCACCCUCAUUGCCCACAAGGUGGACGAGCAGAUGGUGGUUCUCAUGGACCCAAUGGAGGACCCUGAUGACAUUCUGCGAGCACACCGCUCCCGGGAGAAGUCCUACCUGUUCGAUGUGGCCUUUGACUUCACUGCCACCCAGGAGAUGGUGUACCAGGCCACCACCAAGGGCCUCAUAGAAGGCGUCAUUUCAGGCUACAAUGCCACUGUCUUUGCAUAUGGUCCUACAGGCUGUGGGAAAACUUACACCAUGCUGGGUACUGACCAUGAGCCGGGCAUCUAUGUUCGGACCCUCAAUGACCUCUUCCGUGCAAUCGAAGAGACCAGCAGUGACAUGGAAUAUGAGGUUUCCAUGUCCUACUUGGAGAUCUACAAUGAGAUGAUCCGGGACCUGCUGAACCCCACCCUGGGGUACCUGGAGCUGAGGGAGGACUCCAAAGGGGCCAUCCAGGUUGCCGGAAUCACCGAGGUCUCCACCAUCAAUGCCAAUGAGGUCAUGCAGCUGCUGAUGAAGGGGAACCAGCAGAGGACCCAGGAGCCCACGGCUGCCAACCAGACGUCCUCACGCUCCCACGCUGUGCUGCAGGUGGCCGUGCGCCAGCGCAGCAGGGUCAGAAGCAUCGUGCAGGAGGUGCGGCAGGGCCGCCUCUUCAUGAUUGACCUGGCCGGCUCUGAGCGCGCCUCCCAGACACAGAACCGUGGGCAGCGCAUGAAGGAGGGGGCCCACAUCAACCGCUCCCUGCUGGCCCUGGGCAACUGCAUCAACGCGCUGAGUGACAAGGGCAGCAACAAGUACAUCAACUACCGGGACAGCAAGCUGACCCGGCUCCUCAAGGACUCUCUUGGGGGAAACAGCCGUACCGUGAUGAUCGCCCACAUCAGUCCAGCAAGCACAGCCUUUGAGGAGUCCCGGAACACCCUGACCUAUGCCGGCCGGGCCAAGAACAUUAAGACAAGGGUGAAACGGAAUUUACUUAAUGUUUCCUAUCACAUCGCCCAGUACACCAGUAUCAUCGAGGACCUGCGGAGUGAGAUCCAGCGACUCAAGGGCAAGAUCAACCAACAGGCUGGGUGGGGCCCAGCCACAGGCCAGCUGCAGCGGGGUGACAUCCGACACAUCCAAGCCGAAGUUCAGCAGCAGGGUGAGCAGGCAGAAAUCAGCGCACUCCAUAUGCAGCUCACUAGAGCUUUCCGGGAGCAGACGGAUGUCCGCAGGUGCCUGCUAGAGCUGGAGAAGCGGGCCAGGGAGAUCGAGAUCGAGAUGGAGACCUCCUGCCACUUGAUCACCAUUGCUGGCUGGAAGGGUAAGAAAUCUCACAGAGCCCUCAAACGGCAAGAGGAGCAGAGGAAGGAGUCGUACACCAAGGAUGACAGUGAGAAAGACUCAGAUACGGGCAGUGACCCGCCAGAAGAUCUAGAGCCACCUGAGGUGGCCUCAGCCUGGGAGAGCAUCACUGCCCUGGUGGAUGAGCAGAAGAAGCUGCACAAAGAGUUGGCACUGCAGCAGCGCUGCCAGCAAGAGCUGCGCACACGGUGCCGGUACCUGGAGGAGACGCUGCUGCAGCUCAUCGGCUCGGAGAAACAGCGCGAGGUACUCAGUUUGCUGUGCCAGGUACACGAACUCGAGGUGGAGAACACCGAGAUGCGGUCACAUGGGCGGCUUCGACUCUGUGACAAGAUCAUCCAGGGCCAGAGACAGAUCAUCGAUGAGUACAGCCUGCCUGUCCCCCAGCACCUAGAGAACCUGUGCGACCUGUACCUUCGAGAGCAGGAGAAGGGUGGCCUCAAGCCGGCCACCGUCAUGAACUGUGUGGCCUCCAGGGCCCUGAAGGACAGUUUCUUGCCUAAAAUUACCGUGGCAGAAAUCACAUUGACCUCAGACUCUGACCCAGAGAGCGUGAACACACUGCAUUCCGAAGCUCAGCACCUGCAAGACACCCUGCCUCCUCUCACCGCAGAGAGCUUCUCCCCUAGAAGGGCAGACCUCAGUGCCACCAGCCUGGUCAACAGCCACCCAUUCUCCUUUGCCAGCGUCAGUAAAGCCCACCUUGCAUCUAAGGCCACACCCCGGGCCUGGCCAGCAAAGAGCUCCUCUGUGCCCAUCCCACUUCCCAUCCCAGUUGGCAGCCUGGUAGCCCAGGAGGCCCCGCCCUCAGACAGCCUGGGCUUCCAGAUCAGCUCUUCCCCCGACAGCAGUGAGAAUCUGUCAGGGAUCCCCUUGUCCCAGAAAGAGGGAAAGGAGAUCCUGACCGGUACCAAGUCCAUUUCAGUGAAGGCUGCCAGGCGGCGCUCACGGGCUCUGGCCCUACAGGGGCGCCACCUGCUGGCAGCUGCUGCAGAUCGCAGCAGCCUGUCGCUGAACUCCCUGAGCGAGGCUGAGGAUGCCAGGCCACCCAGCCCCACGCUGCAGCGUGCAGCCAGCGAGGACAACCUGUCCAGCAGCACGGGCGAGGGCCCCUCAGGGGCAAUCAGGCAUCAAGGUGAUAGCCCUGGAUCCUGGGUAGGUGACCAGAAGAAAAAUACAGACAAGAAAAGAGAGAAGUCACUAGAGACAAAGAAGAGGAAGCGGAGGACCCUUGAGGUCGCAGGGCAAGGGCUCUCCCGCCCUAAGACACACGUCCGCCAUCCACCAGACAGCACCUCGGAUCACAAGGUGCCAGUGUGUGGGCACCCCACACCCAGUAACCGGCAUUUAGGAAGAGUCAUGCUGCCUUUGGCCAAAAUCAGACUCCCUCCAAGUGAGGGCGCCGGCUCUGGGGAUGCCUUACCCCUUAUUGUUACCUCCAAUGCAGCUGGCAUUUCCCAUCGGCCCACUCAUGGGCUGCGCCCACCCCAUGGCUCAAGUGCCCGACACAACUGAAAAGCCCUGCCUGGAACCAGCUAUUCUGCCCUUGAGACUGAACGGGGUGUAGUGGGAAUGGGAAACAGAGGUGGGCAGAUGGGAAUCACAUGGAAACAGGAACUCAGAAUCUCAGAGCUCCUAAGACCCAGAAGCUGGGGCGGGGGUGCCAGACCCAGGCAUGCUUUCAUUGUCAGGAGAAGAGGGUAAGCCCGAGGCACAGCCUCCCGCCCUGCACACAACACUAUUGCCAAAACCCUGGCAGUGGGGUGUGGAGCCAUAAGCAGAGCUCGCUCCUGGGCCACACCUGGGGCGAGGGUAUGUUGGAUCACUGGAGAGGGGCCAACGGGCCUUUACAUCUGGGUUUGCCACUUUGCGAUGGCUUUUCCCUCUUCUUUUUUAAUAAUAAAAUCCCCUUUGUGUUUCA